AUGGCCCGCCCACUCCACUGCUCCUUCAGGUUCGAGCUUGAUGUGACGUGGCUGCACAGACCGAGGCUGACCACCACCUCCACCGCAGGGACCGCGUACUCGCCCCCCCGCGACCUUUACGACCACCGGAGAUCCGCUCAAGGACUCCACGAACCUUGUACAAACCAAGGACAGGCGGCCCCGAGUCGUCGCCGCCGCACCGGUGAACAAUUCCUCGGACGCGUCAAGCUCGGGCCUCAGCCCACACACCGCCAAACCCUUGACGACGUCCACGACUGCUGCGUCGAGGGUCGUCGUGUCGCCAGGCCCCGCCGACGACCAUCAUUCGGGACCCACCCACCUUGAUUUGCCCGAGGCGCUUCACGAGUCACAGGUAUGUGCUGCAACCCACCGCUGCCGACGCGACGUCGGCCCAGCCUCAGCUACUGACGGUCCCGAGAUGCCGCAUGGUGCAGUCAUCGACUCAACCCAUUAUUGCUCUGCGGCGGAAGCUUCAAGACGCCACGGACGACGAAAAUGACCACGACGGCCAAGACAAGCAGAGGACCAAUGACGAACGAUACAACCAUCUGGCGUCGACUACAACGGCGCUUCCCACCUGGCAUUCUCACAUAAGGCUUGGGAGGAGAAGCAGAUACUCAUCUUUCGCCGGGUCCGAGCUGAUGCAUGGCACUCCCGCGUCUGUCCAAUCCGCAGAGCUCGACGACGUCAGCUAAAUUGCAUCGAUCUCCAACCACACCUCGUCGCUACGACACGCGACCAGCCCAAGUGAGUACCGACCCUGCUUGUCCGGCUUCCGCGUCACCCUAGCUUAAACCAACUCCAAAAUUUUACCACACUGAAGUCCGAGUCAAAGCCCAAAGUCAAGGACGGUUUCAUCGUUCGUGCCCGCGUCCCGUGUCCCCUGGUCGAGGAGUUAUGGGUACUGAUAGGGUAUCGUUGCCAAUCUGGACAGCUAACUGACAGCGAAGACGACGACGAUGACGACGACGAUGAGGUGGGCGACAAGCCGCGCAAGCGUCGGCCGGCCGAGGCCUCCUGGACUGUCUCGGACACCGAGGGAACAGAGGACAAAACCUUCCAAGUACGUUGCACCGACAUUUACGUGACACGCUGACUAACGACCAUAACCCAACCAGGUCAUGCAUUCUAGACCUCAGCACUCUACGCCGUAUUUCGACCGCCCGAGCAAUGUGAGCUGGUGCAGAUGCGCUCAACCGACGUGCCCUACUCCGCUGACUGUACUCCAAACAUCCACAGCCUCCGAUCGCGCAAGGUAACCAAGAUGGCCAAUCUGGUCUUGCCGCAACGAUCAGCGCUCGAUUGGAUCAUUUGGAAGCCCAGCUUGCCCCACUGAUUAACGUGCUCCCCCGACUGAUCGACGUGCUCACCGCUCCCUCUCUGGACAACAUCAGGGUUGGUGAAUGUUCUUUCGGUCUCGCCCAUAUCUGCUGACCGAGCUGUGUUCAUGACUGUGCCAGUCCGAUGUGGGUUCAGCUGCCAAAAUCUUCGUUUCCACGCCAUUCCUCUGCAAGCACCACGGUUCUGCACCUAUGUUCGCGGUAGGUGAACUAUGUUCUCGGUUGUGCUGGGCUGUUCACUGACUCAGGCUGCACUAAUUGUAGGCUGCACUACGCAAGGGCGGUUUGGUAUCAGAAAGCGACGUCAAGCAUCGAGCUUUCUACAAGGCUUUAAUGCGCCACCUUCCGAGUGCGCUAAUGCAAGGCCGCUCUGAACUCGAAGAUCAUGUAAGCGGCGUGGUGUCCACGUCAGGGCCUGCUCAUUGACAUCAGCCUUGCACGCCGCUGCGCCACACCUUUUGACCGUCGGCUCGCGCUCAGAUUAAGCGCGCCCAGGGAGACUCUGCAUUGUUGGGAACAACAAUGAAGUCGUGGUAUAAAAACCUCGAUGUCACAAUCACUGACGAGCAUGUGUGCUGGUGGCGCGUAUUGGUACGUGUUUGGGUGACACGCCCUCUCAACCCUAGAUUUCAGCUUAACCCCCCAUCUUUUGCUUCAUAUCUCAGUGGCAAGCCGUCAAGCAGCCCGACCGCAAAGCAAUGCCCGAGACGGAUCUUACAGAGACUGUAUCUCACAAAACAGCCAACCUGCCCGGGUCCAGGUCGAACAGCUUUGCGGAAAAGGUGAAUCGCGUUUCUUCUACCCUCGCGGAAAUAGCGGUCGGCGCAUGCCUUGAGGGCGAGUACAAGCACGGCCGUGAAUUCGACCAUCAACGGUGAGUCGUAGGUCAAUCGGGGACAUGCAUUCGCAGUUCGAAUGAACUGAUGCUGAAAACUAUCGCUCGUCGCGAGCGAUAGUUUUCUGACGGAUCAACUUGCCCCGGUCAUGCCUUGUCAUAGUGGGAUUUUGACAUCGCAACCCGGGCGUCGACAAAAUCCAAUGCAGAUCUCCUGUUUGGAAGUUGUUGACAACCCCGAUCACGAGAUCAGCUUUGCCUCGUUGGUGGAGGUGAGUCGUCCUCGUUCGACGCACUAUCCGAUUCGACACUGAUAAGACUUUGAUUGCGGUUCGGCAUAGAGUUGUCUUCAAGCCGAAAAAGAGGCCACCCAAAACCCAAAGUCUAAAAGGAAGAGGAAGAAGACUGGGGACUAG